CAAGACAGAGCGCGAAUGCUGCUCUACGAUAUCCUGCCAUACAAGGAAAACGCUGUUGAUACACUUUGUGAGAUUCUGAAAGAAGCAGGUCAGCUACAUAUCGUUAGAGACGUUAUGAAGAGAGGAGGCGUGGUUUGUGCAGAUGAGCCUGCAAGUAAUCUGCAGACAGUACAGCAACAGCAGACCAUCCAACAGUCAGAACCUAAUCAACAGUGUGACGGGCUCAAUGGACAGGAGAAGAGCAUGACAGAAAGUGUGCAAGAUCAGCAAGGUAGUAUGACUGCACCUACUGAAGACAACUGCACUAGAGAAAGGGAGGAAGAUGGGACUAGUGGAUCAACAGUGGAAGCAACUACAACUUCACAGGAAGAUCUCGAGGUAGAUUCUGAAUGGAAGGAACGUUUGAAGCAUUGUCUUCCAGAUCUUCUAGCUGCUCUUCGUCCAAGUUUGUUUUUGGAUCAACUUCGAGGUUCUAAUUUAAUUUCUCAAGAAGAACACACAGACCUGCAAGAAAAGUCAUUGUCUGAAACUGAUCGAUCGGACACACUUGUAAGUUUUAUUCUUCCUCGAAAAGGAAAGGGAUCAUUUGAAUCAUUUUGUAAGAUUCUUUGUAAUGUGGAGAAACAAAAACAUAUUGUAAGUGAAAUUCUGAAAGUUCAAAAUCCAUCCUUACUUCCUGUUGAUGCCAACGUUUCACGUAGUGGAGAAACGAUUGGUCAAUCUGUCAAAAGGAAAAAAGCGAAUGAACAUUCUAGUGACUCAUCUCAUUCUAAACGAUCAUGCGUUGGUGGAAAGAUUGGAAGUGCAACAUUUAUAUUUAGAAAGAUAGACAAGGAGGCUGUCAAAGUCUGGAAGGAGAGUAUUAGAAAAAUGUGUCGAAAAUGUUUUAAAAUAUCACAAAAAGAUGUAAAGUUUGUGUACAGUCUUCCACCAGCUGGUCAAGUGGAUUCCGUAUUCUUUGGUGACUCAAUCAACAAGAUAGCUUUAGUUCAUCUGGAUGGUGUAGCACCAGAUCGUGUUGAGAGUCACAAGAGCCGGUUAGUUUCUUUCAUUGCUCGUUUAAUGAAAGUGACAGAAAAUCACAUUCAUUAUAUGGAGGCAACUAAAGGCUCAUCUCUUGUUCUGUUUCAAAUGCGAAUGGAUGACUACUUUAGACUUUUUUCUGCACUGACCGUGGAAGCGCAAUGUAUUGCACUUUAUCAAACGUUGAAAUGGACAUUUCCAGAGUUAGUUGGGGUCAAGUUUAGACUUGGUGGUUUGCCAGCAGUGGAAUUGAGCAAUUCAAGAUUAAGCUUGGAGAAAGUGUUGAUGGGCAUAGGAAGUAAUUUGAGAACUCUGAGGAUGAACCAGACGACCAUGUUGUCACUGUCAGCAAUUUCUUUACAAUAUGAGUACAUGGACAUGGAGAAACAUGUAUUUUGUUUGUAUGACAUUGUUGAUGGUGUAACAGAUGAUCUGCGGAACUGUGACUGUCGGAUUCUGACAUUACAGAAAUCAGUUCCACAUGCAAAGUACUCUAGCAGACAGAACAAAAUAGUGUUGGACGAACUUGGGAAUGACAGAAUUGAUCAUGCAGUUCAGCUCAUGGUAAGAGACAAGAAUUCUGUUGCUGCAUGUUUCAGAAGAAUGAAAUUGAGAGAGCAUAAGACUGCAAUAGAUGUAAAUGAAAAACUUGAUGUAAUUAAAGGACUUCGAGAAGAAGUAGAGACAAAGCUAUCACAAAGACCACAAUUGGCAGAGUUAACUGCAUGCAGUCACUCACUGAUAGAAGGAUUACAAGCAAGAGUAGUCAAUCUCAAGCUUUCUAAGAAAAUGGGUUCAAUGAAACAACAGACAGAAGCAAUGGGAGAGAAGUGGACAAAUUUGGCUCUUCGAAUUGACAAAGCACAAUCUGUAGAAGAGAUUCAGAUCAAUGACAGUCUGCCAUCAUGGACACAGUGGAAUGUACACAUGCCUCAUGACAGUUGGUCAUAUAAUAAAAUGGGAGAGAUUGAAGGCAGACUAGUUGUAGGAGGUUUUGAUGGUAAUCUGCAUGUAUUCACUUAUAAACUUAAUAAGUGGGACAAGUUUGUCAGAAAGAAUGGUUACAUCAGGAAUGUAGUGUGUCAUCAAGGUGUGUGUCUGGUGUGUGUGGAGGAUGUAGAUAAAGAUCAGUUUGUGAUUGAACAAUUUUAUUUGAAUGAAGACAACAAAUGGCGUUUUCUCACAGUUCUACCAAACAAACUGCGGUUGGGUGGUGUAUCUGUUGCUCUUCAUGACAACUCACUGUAUGUGGUGGGCGGUGUGACUAAAUCAGGGGAGACAGUGAACACAGCAAGUGUGUGUGACCUUCACAGCGGUCAUUGGUAUAAGAUGGAUGACAUGCAAACAAAACGUUGUUACUGUUCUUCUGUUAUUAUAAACAACACAGUGUUUGUAGGGGGAGGAGAGAUAUAUAGAGAUUACUUUAGUAAUAUUGUUGAGUGUGCAGAUGUUCGUGAUAGAAAAUGGAGAACAAUCCCCUCUACAACAACAUCCGACUCGACAUUAACAUCAGUCAGUAAUAGACUGGUUGGGACUGGAGGAGUGACACAACAGUGGUUUCAUUCUUAUUCUAAUAUUGUAGAAUUAUAUGAUGAGAGAUCUACCAAAUGGCUUCCUCUUCCACACAUGACACACAAACGGUGGGCACAUGCUGCAUUCUCAACUCAGAAUGGAGAACUCAUCACAGCAGGAGGGAUGGAUGAACAACAUAGAAUGUUACUAUCAAUAGAAAGUCUGAAAUGUGACUAACAUUUCCCUUUAAUUCCAAUUGGUGUGUGUUUGUUAAAUUAUAAGUUUUAGUGACAAUUUGACAUAAACUAGACGUAAUAGUAACAUCAACUGCGCAGUUUAACAAUUAAUUACAAUAGAGAAA